CAGAGACAGGCUGUAACCUGGAUUCCGGAAGCCAGACAGCUGGAGCGUGGAAACUAUCCGGUCAAAGGAUGCUGAGUCCUGAGCGCCUAGCUCUACCGGACUACGAGUAUCUGGAAAUAGAAAUGACCAGGCUUACCAAGCAUUGUUAGAGUCAUAUCCACGAGCAGGCUGUGGACAGCUCUCAGUGGGGAUUUGACAGCUCAGCGGCAUGUCCUCACGUACAUGGAGGAUGCAGUGUGCCAGCUUCUGGAGAACAGGGAGGACAUUAGCCAGUAUGGCAUUGCCCGCUUCUUCACUGAAUAUUUUAACAGUGUAUGCCAAGGAACUCACAUUCUCUUUCGGGAAUUCAGCUUUAUCCAAGCCACACCUCACAAUAGAGCAUCAUUUCUACGGGCCUUCUGGAGAUGCUUCCGAACUGUAGGCAAAAACGGUGACUUGCUGACCAUGAGGGAGUACCACUGUCUGCUGCAGCUGUUGUGCCCGGACUUCCCACUGGAGCUCACGCAGAAAGCAGCCAGGAUCGUGCUCAUGGAUGAUGCCAUGGACUGCUUGAUGUCUUUUUCAGAUUUCCUCUUUGCCUUCCAGAUCCAGUUUUAUUAUUCAGAGUUUUUGGACAGUGUGGCUGCCAUCUAUCAGGACUUGCUGUCAGGGAAGAACCCCAACACAGUGAUUGUGCCAACAUCAUCCAGUGGGCAGCAUCGCCAGCGACCCGUCUUGGGUGAUGCCGGUAUGCUGGACGGAGUGGAGGCAUCACUGUUCUAUCAGCGCCUGGAAAACCUGUGUGACCGGCACAAGUACAGCUGUCCACCUCCAGCGCUUGUCAAAGAGAUCCUGAGCAAUGUCCAGAGGCUCACUUUCUAUGGAUUCCUUGUGGCCCUCUCAAAGCAUCAUGGAAUCAACCAGGCACUGGGAGCUUUGCCAGACAAAGGAGACCUGAUGCAUGACCCAGCCAUGGAUGAGGAGCUGGAGCGGCUGCUGGUCCAGGUCCCAGGCCUGGUCAACUCCAUCACUGCCACUUCUGAGGCCAGCUGCCUGCCUUCCCGAACCCCUCCCCGGGUUGGUUCCCCAUGGAAACCCCUCCAUCGCUCCCGCAAAUUGGAUGCCGAGAGCGAUGGGUCCACUGAAGAGACAGAUGAGUCUGAGACCUGAAUCUGAAGGGUCCCAUCUGUGGCCUGUACCUUGCUCCCACCCUGCUCUGAAUCUGAAGGGUCCCAUCUGUGGCCUGUACCUUGCUCCCACCCUGCUCUGAAUCUGAAGAAGGGUCCCAUCUGUGGCCUGUACCUUGCUCCCACCCUGCUCUGAAUCUGAAGAAGGGUCCCAUCUGUGGCCUGUACCUUGCUCCCACCCUGCUCUGAAUCUGAAGGGUCCCAUCUGUGGCCUGUACCUUGCUCCCACCCUGCUCUUGCGGCCCUCACCAGACUUCUCCAGCAUCGCUGUGCCGCCCUCUGCUGGAGAGAAGCGUGAAUAACCGCCCUCCAGAGAGUAACCCCAGAAAUCCCGUAAUUCAUGCUCUCAGCUUUUGACAACCUGCUGUGCCCUAAGCUGAAGGCCACUUCAUCUCUGGGAAGGGUUUUGGCGGUCAGCCUUUUGUUGGCAGUCUGCUUCUGCUUUAAGAACAGUGUCUUCUCAGCCAGCCACGACCCUCCUAGUGAGGGUCAUUUCCCACAAGAGGAACAUGAACUAGUAAUGCAGGGUCUUCAUGGUCAAGGGUGACUCCUGAGAGCACGUACUGGGAAUAUCAACCGUGGCCUUCUGCUGGAGAAAUCAGCCACUAGCUGGAAUAAGAGGGAGGAUGGCAAGAAUUUCACUUUCAAAGUCGGCUUCAAGUUUGUAUCAAAUAGUCCAAUCUGUGAAAUGAAUAAAGUCCCUUGUCUCUGGUAA